AUGAAAGGUGUUGAUUUGUUGUUAGGUUUAGUGUUGCAGCUUUCCUUAGCUUUAGCAAUUCCUCCUACCGAUGUUGCAUAUCAUGCCGACACUUAUGAAUAUGGACCUUUCCAAUUUCCUGAUGGGGCUAUUACGAUUGCUGAUGGUGUUGAUGUAUCAAUCAUAGACAAUGAAGAUAAUUCUAUUAUUGGUUCUCUUAACGUGGGAUCCAAUUCCGGUCUUUAUAUUUCCAGUGUAUCUAAUACUAUUGGUUUAAAUGUUGAUAUAACAAGUGACAAUGUGCUUAUUUCUGGUGUCCUUGCUUUGAAUUCUAUUGGCUCAACAUUUCCAGGAACUCAAUUUUACUUUAAUGUUAAUAGCUUUUCCAACGAAGGAAAAUUUUACAUGGCUUCAUAUGGUGGUUUUCUGCAGCCUGCUCAAAAUACUCUUGCUGGUUCUACUAUCUAUAAUAGCGGCUUAAUGGUCUUCUAUCAAAGUUACAAUAAUGGACCUAUUUUUUUAUCAGGUACACUUACAAAUGAUGGUCAAAUAGCUCUUUAUAAUCAAAUUCUCACAAUUAAUUCUCAAAUUGUAGGUUCUGGAUGUAUUAUUGUUGGCCCUGGAUCGGAAAUUAGUACUAAUAGUGCAGAUUUUUUAAGUGGACAAGCAAUUUAUAUGUCUGACAGUACUUCUGUUGUUGUUCUUACUCCAUCGGAAGAUGGACAAACCGUUACUGUUUAUGGGUUUGGUAAUGGAAACACUAUUUUCUUGAGUGCUAGUUAUGCCGCAGUCUAUGCCGACUAUUCUAAUACUGAUGGUACCUUCACAAUUGAGACUGCUACAUACAUUUUGGUAAUCCAAAUUGGAACAGGAUAUGGUGAAACUUCUGAUUUUUCUUUGAUAGGUAAUAGUUUAACAUAUCCAAAUCCGCCACCAAAUCCUAUAGCAGGGAUUUGUUUGGUGGAUACAUCCAUUCCAUUGAUUCCAGGUGUAAAUGGAACUGAAUAUGUUUCUACCCUCACAACAACCAUAAAUGGUCAAACGUAUACAGAUGAUGAAGAAAUCUUUAUCACCUCGAACGAUGAAGGAAUAUAUUCAACCUCUUCUACGCUUAUCACAUUAACUUCACCAUACGGUUCCUCAUUCAGUUCUUCAAAUGUAUCACCAUCAUCUAGCUACUCGCUUGCAACUUCAGCGACAAGUUCAUAUGUACAUUCAAAAAAGCACAGAUCUUGGAAGCGUAGAUCUUCGUCUAGUAUCUAUGCAUCAUCUACAUCUUCAUCUUCAUCCUCAAGUUCCGUAUCCUCAAGUCCAUCAUCCAGAAGCUCUUCCACUAGUUCUUAUAUGUCAACUACUUCAUUUCCCAGUUCUUCUUCUUACAGUUCUUUGUAUUCAACUAAAUAUUCAAGCACUUCUUCAGGCAGUUUAACGAGCAGCUAUUCAAUUAGUUCAAGUUCUCCUUCAAGUAGUUCUUCCAGUUCAAGUGUUACUUAUUCAAGUUCAACUAGUGCUUCUUCAAGUACUAAAUCUUCAACAAUUUCUGCUACUGCUUCUUCAGCCAGUAUAUCUACAUCUUCAAGUUCUUCGUUCUCCGUUUUGACAUUGUCUUCUGUAUCGUUACCUUCAGAAUUAUCAAGCAGCACAUAUUUUUCAAGUCACUCUUUAUUCAGUAAUUCUUCUAGUGUGUUGUCGUCUAGUGUGUUAUCUUCUAGUUCAAGUUUAGGAUCUUCUUCACCGGUGCUUUCAUCUUCCUCUGACGAAUCAUCCAGUAUCCCUUCUACUUUAGCCUCAACUACAGAAUCUACAAGCGCUGAGUCAUCGGUAACAUCUACUACUUCCUCGUCCGCUCGAUCUUCUUCAGAAGAAUCUAAUUUAGCUUCAUCAACUGAAUCUACUUCUACUUCUUCGUCUGCUUCAUCAUCGAUCGUAUCUUCAUCUGUUUCUGAUUCUUCGACUGUUCCUUCCUCAGAAUUUUCAGUUGAAAGUGAAACUUCGAGUACUGAAUCAUCUACUGAAUCAGUUCCUUCUUCCAUAGAAUCAACUACCUCUUCUAUAACUGCUACCUUGUCUAGCAGUGGUGAAGUUCCUCCAUUUUCAGAACAAUCAUCAGUUUCAUUCACAUCCCAAGCUUCUUCUGGUCCAACCACUGGUGUCAAUCCUCCUCCUCCAGUCACCAGUCCAUCAUCAUCAACUGAAUCAAGGGCAUCUGUCACUAAUUCCGUUACUACCGUAUUCGGUGCUUUCGGCAGUUCUAUUCCAUCGUUGACUCAUGUAAAUUUGGAUGCAUCGUACUCCUCAGCAAUUCCAAUGGCUCCUGCGUUCAAUGCUCCUAUUGGAUUCUCUUUCCCUAAUGACACUCAUCCAGGUGAUCAUAUUCGUCUUAAUUUACCAAACGUCUUUGAUCUUUAUCAAGGUGCUGGUGGUAUCAAAAAGAGAGACGAUGUUACAUUAUCAUUAACUGUGGAUGGUGUGGAUUAUGCUGAUUGUAUUGUUACCAUGGCUGGUACUACUAAAAAUGAAACUACCUUAGAGUGUACUGUCACCGAAACUAUUCUGAAUAAUCCUAAUGUAAAUGGUACUAUUACUUUACCAUUAGUAUUCAAUAUUGGUGGUUCUACAUCCUCAUCUGAUAUCCAAGCUGCUAACGCCUUUGUACCAGGUUCUCAAGUUAUCACUUUUAACGACGGUCUUAAUGAAAUCUCUACCAAUGUGGAUUUCGUUGCCGGUGCUCCAUCUCCAGGUGAUCCAGAGGUUCUUGUGUACGCUUCAAGACCUGAGGUUUGGAACAAUUCAGAAAACUUCUAUAUCUUAGGUGGUAAUUGUUCUUCAUUAUAUGGUUCUGGAGAACUUACAAUUUCCGUCACUGAUGGAUCUAUUGAUUGUUCAUCAUGGUCUGCUGGUAUCACCAACAGUCUUAACGCUUGGUACUUCCCAACCUCAUUUGAAACUUUAAGUAGUAUCACUGUUUCUUCAUGUUCUGCUGAUUCUAUUGUAAUCUCAUAUUGGGGUGUUCCAGCCGGCUAUAGGCCAUUCUUCAGUGUUGAUGCUGAUACCGAUGGAUCAAUUGCUGCUACUUUCAAUGAUACCAAUUCUUGUAUUGCUUUACCUCUUUCUGGUUCAUCUGCUUCUGAAGGUCCAACCAUCAGUGUUGGUACAACUGUCACUACUGAAACUUAUACUACUGAUACUGUGUUCAGUUCUACUGAAGUAAUCACUACUGUUGUUAAUGGUACCACUGAAUUGUUGACUACUGUUGUGGAUAUCACCUCUGAAGAAACAAUCACUACCAGUUUCACAGAACUUGUUGGUGUCACUACUGAAACUGAUACUACUACCUCAACAUCUGGUGAAGGUAGAGAGGCCUCUAAAUCUUACAUUACUGCUGAUGUUGUACUCACCACAACCAUCACUACUACGUAUUGCCCAGAAGGUGAAGAAACCUCAAUCACUACUACUGAAAUUCUUGUGACAACCAUUGAAACUACUUAUUGUCCAGAAGAUGAAGCUACUGCUACGACUUCUGCUACUAAAUCUUACACUACAGUUGAAACCAUUAUCACUACUACUCUCACCACCACUUAUUGUCCAGAGGGAGAAGAAACUUCAAUUACUACUACUGAAGUUGUUGUUACUACCUUGUUGACUACUUUCUGUCCAGAAGAGGCUGCCGAAGAAUCUGCCAAGGCUGCUAAGACUGAAGCUUCAAUUGCUACUGGAAUUGAAACUCCUGCAAUCGCUAUUCCUACUUCAACUCCAUCUCCCGCUUCCGAAACCAAUGUUGCUCCUGAAGGAACUGAAACGGAAGUUGUUAAUAUCACUUCUACUGAAUCCAUUGGAAGUUCAUCAUCAACAUCAGCCGUUACUACAGGUAGUUCUACAGCUAGUGCUUAUGAAGGAAGCGCCAAUAGAAUCAACUAUUCAUUAUCUUUCAUGCUUAUAUUAUUAGCAUCUUACUUCUUUUAA